AAACACACUUCAGACCGCCUCCACCCUAUCCUCUUCCUUCCCAUUCUCCCCCAAAUCAAAAUUUCCGCCCCUAUGGCUUCGAUCUCCGCCGCCGUCGCUGCAAAAUUGGUCUACCCCUACGCCCCAUCCCCCGCCCCCGGCGUAGCCUCCCCAAAACCCUCAAACGUCACUCUGUCAUCCUCGUUCACGCCCACUCUGUCCGCCCACUUCCUCCGCUACCCCGCCGCCGUCCGACGCCGCCGGCUCACGGUCCGCGCCGCCCGCGGGAAGUUCGAGAGGAAGAAGCCCCACCUCAACAUCGGCACAAUCGGCCACGUCGACCACGGGAAGACCACCCUCACCGCCGCCCUGACCAUGGCCCUAGCCUCCGUCGGCGGAUCUUCCCCCAAAAAAUACGACGAGAUCGACGCCGCCCCGGAGGAGAGAGCGCGCGGGAUCACCAUCAACACCGCCACGGUCGAGUACGAGACCGAGAGCCGCCACUACGCCCACGUGGACUGCCCCGGGCACGCCGAUUACGUGAAGAACAUGAUCACCGGCGCCGCCCAGAUGGACGGCGCCAUUCUGGUGGUUUCCGGCGCCGACGGGCCCAUGCCCCAGACCAAAGAACACAUCUUGCUGGCCAAGCAAGUUGGCGUCCCCAACAUGGUGGUCUUCCUCAACAAGCAAGACCAGGUCGACGACGAGGAGCUUCUCGAGCUCGUCGAAUUGGAGGUAAGAGAGCUCUUAUCUUCUUAUGAUUUCCCCGGCGAUGACAUCCCCAUUGUUUCAGGCUCUGCACUCUUGGCCCUAGAGGCAUUAAUGGCAAACCCUAGCAUCAAAAGGGGCGAAAACCAAUGGGUAGAUAAGAUUUACACUCUCAUGGACUCCGUGGACGAUUAUAUCCCCAUCCCACAAAGACAAGUUGACCUCCCAUUCCUAAUGGCGGUCGAAGAUGUGUUCUCCAUUACGGGUAGAGGAACGGUCGCAACCGGUAGGGUAGAGAGAGGGACCGUUAGGGCCGGGGACACGGUUGAUCUAGUAGGACUAAAGCCCACUAGGAACACCACCGUCACGGGUGUCGAAAUGUUCCAGAAGAUUCUAGAGGACGCGAUGGCGGGGGACAAUGUGGGGUUGUUGUUGAGAGGGAUACAAAAGGGCGACAUCCAAAGGGGGAUGGUGUUGGCGAAGCCGGGGACGAUUACCCCGCACACCAAGUUUGAGUGCAUUGUGUAUGUGUUGAAGAAGGAGGAAGGGGGGAGGCACUCCCCCUUCUUCGCCGGGUAUAGGCCGCAGUUCUACAUGAGAACGACUGACGUGACGGGGAAGGUGGUCGGGAUUAAGAACGACAAGGACGAGGAGUCGAAGAUGGUGAUGCCGGGGGAUAGAGUGAACAUGUUGGUGGAGCUCAUCAUGCCCGUUGCUUGCGAGCAAGGAAUGAGAUUCGCUAUCCGGGAAGGCGGGAAGACCGUGGGCGCCGGGGUCAUCCAGAAAAUCAUCGAGUGAGACGAUUUAUAAUUAAAAAAAAAAACUAAAUCGUUUUCUUUUUCCUCAUGAAAAUUAACAUUGUAUCUCCAUCGUCCCGUCUGCAUAUUUUUUUUCUUCCAAUCUUUGUUGCAAUGUGACCGAACAUCUUGUCGUAUAUUCAAGUGUUUUCGUUUUAUGGCGUCGCACGCCUUUAGUUGUGUAGCUUGAGAGUUGAAUUUUUUUCACUAGAUGGAUGGUUUUCUUCCAUCUUCUUUGUCUUCCCCAUUCACUGCUAUGUUCUUUUCCAAU